GCAGAAGUGGAUGCGCAAUAAAAGACUAAAAAGUCAUUUUUCGUAAUGCUGCCUAAAUAUAUAGCGCAGAUUGUGGUGACGGGGGUCCAGAUAGUAGGGAGAGCUCUAGCUAGAGCUGUAAAGCAGGAAAUCAGAACAAGUCAACAAGCUGCAGAGGCCAGGAGAUCUACAUCUGGAGGUGAUAGUUCUAAAUCAGCAGCUAAAGAUACUUACUUAGGGAUGACAUUAGAGGAAGCUAAGCAGAUUCUAAAUCUAGAAAGAGGCAAAAUAUUAACAAAAGAAGAUAUUCAAGAAAUAGAAAAGACCUAUAAACAUUUAUUUGAUGUAAAUGAUCGUAAGAAAGGAGGAUCAUUCUAUCUUCAAUCAAAAGUUGUUCGAGCAAAAGAGAGAAUAGACACAGAAUUAGACAUAGAAACAAAACAAGAAAACACUACAGACUCUAAUGCCAGUGAUAAACCUAAGGAUUCUUGAUAAUACAAGAUUCAUUUUAGGAAAUUUUAACAUAUUCUAGUAGUCAAUAAUCAACAUGUUCCACAAAUCAGUCACAACUUAAUAGGUCUGAUCGCAGACUUUCUGCAAGUUCAUGGACAUCAUAGUCUCAUUUGGCAAUUUACACAAAUUGUG